AUGCACCAGUAUUCAACGAUCAACCAAGGUACAACGACCGACCAACAAACGGUCAAGUCUGCGGAGGCUGAAGACAUCGCAGGCAGCUGUAAAAGAAAGUUCAUAAGUACAAUUGAAGAUGCACUAGAUCGGUGUACGAAAACCGGAAAGCAGCUGACGAAGAAAAAGGAUGAGUACUUUAAACACCUGAAGCCUCAUCGCUUGCGAAAGGCCAUCGCACACCGCUUGCACUGCUUCAAAAGUACAGUACAAGACACCUCGACCGUCAGUUUCUACGGCAAACUGGUGGAAGGACUGGUCGACGAUUACCUGUGGGUCGCCCUGUGCAUUUUGACACAGGAAAUAAUGGCCUUCUUCACGAGAAUCGUUCUUAGUUCGCUGAUGGCUCUGUUGUUCGAACGACUUGCCAUCUUUUUGGUCACAUUUUUCGUAUGGCCCGUUUUCGUCUGGUGUCGCAUUGAUCAGAUGCAGGACAGAUCCGUGCACCGCAGAAAGUUCGCCGUGUUUAAUGGCAGCGUUAUGAUGGGAAUCUUCACCGGCUUUCUCUUUUCUGACUUGUAUCUGGACAUCCCUUCACCGCCAGUUUUUCUGCUACCAUUUUCAAUUGCUAUGGUAAUGCUUUUUGGACACAGCAUAUUGCCCCGAGCGAGGUUAAUCACAAUCCUAAUGCUGUUGGCUUUAGCCGAGUCGAUAUGGUUUCUCUAUGGCUUAGUAUGGGGUCUGUCUCUGUCAUACUUGACCUGGAUGGUUAUGCUUGGAAUCGCCGCAGUUAUCGAUCUGCAGAUGGUUUUAAAGCUUAAAGAGAACCACAUUCAGUCUCAUAUUCUGCAGCAGUGGUGCACAGUCGUGCUAUUCACAGUUGUUGAUAGCCUAUGUUACUACUUGAUGGCAACCGGAUAG